GCAAAAGUUUGAUUUUUAAUGCCAUAGCCAAAAACUCGUUCUACGUUUCUCUAAUUGAAAGAAGGAUUGCAGUGCCACUGUUAUUUUUUAUUCGUGGUUGCACACUCACAACUACGAACAUGUUUAAGUAGAGGGGCAUUUGGAUGCACCAGAAUGUCUUCCUCCUUCCGGAAAGCGAGCAUGAUGGUCAACUACCGAGGCAGCAUCUUGCUGGCCUUCCUACAAAACUUGAAUUACGCCUACUCGUUGGUGAUAAAGCGUACACAUCAGCCAGUGGAGCCUGACGCGGUGACGAAGACGUUUCAGCUUCCGGCGGAUCCACCAGUGAAUGAGGAAAAUGAGCUGGCACCACAAUCCGUGUACUUGCAUCAACUGAUGAUUAUGCACUUUUUCGAUGCUGGUAGCCCCGAUAUUACCUCACGAAUAGGUAAAUCAAUCAAUCAAUUGGGCUGUACUUUUUGAAAGAUUAUCUCCUGGCAUGAUAUUAACGAUAGGAGGUAAUAAUGGGUAAAACAUUUUGUUCUCUACUUUGGGAUUGAUUUAUACAGUAGCGAAGGAUACUAGGAAGCGUUUCUCGAGGAAAAGGUCAAAUUUCAACUGGCGUAGGUAAAGCCUUCUAGCAAAGGAUGAAGAGGAACCUCAUCCCAACUUUUUGCACGCUUUCUAAGAACCACUGCGACGAUCGGGGUGCUCUCUUCACGAGUGCGGGGAAUGCGUUUUAUGAGGACUUCCAACCUUUCAUCCAUAACACCCAUUCAGUCACCCUCUGUGGCCAGGUUACGUUGUGGUAUUACGGGACACCGGUAUUUACUAGUUUCAAUGUCGUGCUGAUGUUAGAGUAAGAAGUACCAACUCGGUUAAUUUGAUUUGAUGAGUAAAAAGUACCAACUCGGUUAAUUUGAUUUGAUGAAGAUUCAUAAUACCCAGUUUUUUAAAACUUGAUGAUAUGUUGAAUUCGUAUGGGGACCUUCUUAGGUGAUGAAUAGAUUACUGUGAUCAGGCAUGAUAUAAACUAAGUGUCAUCAACCUACUACUUUACUCCUAGGACAUGGACCAACGCAGUAUCCUUGGAGGGGUGAAACGAUGUCCCGGUAAGGGCAAGCGCGUGCCAAAGUCGGAAGUUAGCUGCACAUGCUACGAUCUCCCACAGGGACAGGGAAACUUGAUUGAAAGUUUUACUCUCGAUUACUGCUAAAUUUAUUUAAAUUAUACAAAUGAAAAUGUUUUUUCCUGAUGGUGCAUAGCAAAACGGUGAGUUUGUUUUUUCUUUCUGAUCAAAUUAUUUUUUCAUCUCGGAUAGAGGACGGAUGUGGUGAAUAAGGGAUUCCUAUGCUUGGAUGGGAAAACCGACUGGGUUUAUGGAUAUGAAACAUGCACAGGCACAGGCACAUUUGUGUAGUAGAGUACCGUUAUUUUUUAUCAACCCGGAACGAUGUAAGCAGUAUUGACACACACGCAUACAUUCUCGACUGCGUAGAGCUGGAGCAUCCCGUUUUUCU